AAUGUUUAAUAGAAGAAAAACAUACACAACUGUGAUGACUUUGUACAUUAAAGUUUUAGCCGAUUGCUAUCUGUUUUAUCAAACAACAUAUGUAGAAGAUUUAUAUAGAAUAUGGUUUAGUGUCUCAUAAACCGGUAUGGCUGGCCAUUUUUAGAUGUUUGUGCAAAAUGUAAUAACUUGUGAAAAUGUAUGACACUGAAAUAAAAUAUUUCGUUGAUUGAUUGAUUGAUAGUAAAGCAUCACGAGGUGUCAUUCGAAAUUCCAUGAAAUUAAACUUUCUGUUUGUUUCUAUUGUAUGGCUUUAAAAAUCAAUUAAUGUCAAAGAAAAUAUAUAUAUGGUUAAAUUACGUAACAUCAAGGAUUACGGACCAACUGUCUAUCAAAUCCCUGCAGUGGAGGCCUGGUGUGGCAUUGAUCGGUAUAAGGGGAAUAACUCUAUUAACCCGCUUAUCAAACACGGAACCAGAAACGAUGUCGAUCGCUCCACGUGCAAUUUUAAUUACUGGUGCAAACAGGGGUCUUGGAUUGGAAUUCGUCAAACAGAUCGUCUGCUUUUCAACGCCACCAAAAUAUUUGUUCGCAACAUGCCGGAACCCGGAUUCAGCAACGUCUCUUCAAGAAAUUGCCAAGUUAUACUCCUGUAUAAAAGUGAUGAAAUUUGAUGUCACAGGAUGUGGUGAGAUUCAGGCUGUAUACGAUCGCACACGACAUAUUCUAGCAGAGGAUGGUCUUAAUUUGAUCAUCAACAAUGCAGGCAUUGCCUACAAGAAACAGUAUUUAGGGAAUCUCACACACAGUGAUAUGUUAGGACAGUUUGACGUCAAUGUCUUUAGUCCUCUUCUCAUAACACAGGCUUUCGUGCCCCUGCUUAAACUAGCGGCUCAGAAAUCAUCGGAAGAAGCAAUGUCCUGGCGAAAAGCCGCAGUGGUGAACGUAUCGUCAAUUCUCGGGUCUGUGGAGAGUAACAACAGCGGUGGCCUGUACCCGUACCGGGCAUCAAAGGCGGCACUGAACAUGGUGACGAAAACCCAGAGCAUUGAUUUGAAAGCGGAUGAGAUUCUAGCUGUUGCCGUUCACCCAGGUUGGGUUCGUACUGAUAUGGGAGGCCAGGCAGCCUCUGUCUCGCCGACUGAGAGUGUCCAGGGUAUGCUCGAAGUUUUCUCCACUCUAUCCGAGGAUACCAGUGGAAGGCUGUUCAACUACACGGGUGAAUUUCUGCCGUGGUGAUGUGUCACAAGUCUUUCCCAGGACAGGAAAUAAGGACAUGGGGAUGAGAAUGUAUUACAAGGUGGCUAGGUUUAUUCGGACCUAUUCUGAGUAUUUAAGGGCCAAAUGCAUUGAACCCUGUGGGAGAAUGAUUUAACUUAAUCGGAGAUAUUUCAGUGAUUACACCUCAAAAUCGAUUCAAUGCAAAUCAACUUAAAUAUAUUAAGCAGACUGUCAAAGAAUGUUUCAUAUUGCAUUUGUGUAUAAUUAUAGUUCUGUAUGCCAUGGUGAGGAAUAAUUCUUCUGCAUUUCGUGUGACAAGUUACAGUGAUUAUGUGAAGUAAUAUCAAUGUCUGUAGACCACAGGAACCACACUCUAUGUAUAUUGUGACUUUCCCAGUGUGUAUAGCACAUUAGCAUUCCGUAGAUGUAACAAAUUCUCGUGUCCCUGUGGUGUAGUAAAUCCGGUGUCACUUAUUUCACCUAAUAAUAUGCUAUUUUGAUUUACAUCACUAUUCGGGUAUUGAUUUUGGUUAUUGAGUAUUUUUACAUUGUUGAAUUGUUGAUAUAUAUGUUGUUGUACUGGUUAUACCUAUAUUACCAGGUGCUAUUUUUGGGUGAUUUACCGUUUGUUAUGAUAAACAUAUUACCUCUUCCAUACAAUAUUGAACAUGAAUCUUGUUACUCUAAAUAUAAACUCAGAAUAGAAAAUUAAAUUAAAACAUUGAUUCAUGAGAGAUUUGAAAAAUAUUUUUUUCUAAUUAAAUGCAUAGCAUUGAUGAAAAUAUGUUUUCGUACGGUCAAAUUAAGAAAACUUAUUAAGAAGAAUCUUAGUUAUCAUUGCUAACCUUUUAACAAGGACAACUUUUUACAAAAAUCAGAUUAAGUAAUCAUAUUUUAGAGAUUAUAACUGGUAGAUAUAAAAAGAUCCCUCGACAAUAUCGAUUAUGUAAAAGUAAUACACUUGAAGAUGAGGUUCACUUUAUUUUCCACUGCAUUUACAACUCUUCCCCUAGAAAAAUGUUCUUUGAAAAAUAUUAAAUAAGUACAGGUCUCCCCGAUGAAAAAAAAUUAUAUACGAUAUUAUCAUCUUAAGAACCACAGUUUUUGCGCGAUAUCAGCCUCUUCAUUAAGUCUUUUGAACCGAGAAAGUAGGCUUACAAUGUGCUUAAGUAUAUGUUCAAUCUUUAAAAUGUAUGUACGUUCAGUGAUGUCUAAUAUACAUCCCUGAUAUAUUAUAUCUGUUUGUCUUUUUGGUUACAUUGUUUACAGUUUGAUUCAUGAUGUGUUCUAUUUGGAUGUAAAAUGCAAUAAAGUUGAAUAGAAUUAAAUUUAUCAAUUAAGCAGGUAUUAAAAAUCAGGACAUUACACUUAC